AUGACAAGUAUCCUGCCUCCGCCCAAGCCACUCGAUGUUACCGGCGAUCUUUGGAAAGCUUGGAAGUUGUGGAAAGGCGAGUUUAGACUCUUCUCUACAGCGACAAAUCUAAAGGCGCAGCCAAAGGAAGUUCAGGCCGCGACCUUCUUGGUUAUACUGGGUGAAGAAGGCAGGAAGAUAUGCAAUACGCUACAGUUUGAAACGGAAGCGGACCGUGACGAUGUCGACAAGCUUAUCCAGAAACUGGAAGAGCACUGCAAACCGACGCUCAAUUUAACGUACCACGAAUUUCUGUUCGGAUCGCGAAACCAGAAAGAAGGGGAGCGAUUUGACGAGUGGCUGACAGAGCUUCGGAUACUCGCUGCUAGCUGCGAGUUCGGGACCUUGGAAAAACGCAUGCUGCGUAGCCGCAUAAUCCUUGGAGUUCGCGACAAGAAACUUCAGCAAAGGCUGAUCUCGGAAAAUCCGUCAUGUGAGAAGGUUAUAGAAACAUGUCGGAUGAGAGAGCUCAGCAAGCAGCAGUUUGAGGAUAUCCAGAAGGAAAAAGAUGAAGUGAAGGACGUUCACGCGGUCACGAAGCGAACGAGAACUUGUUCGAAGUGUGGAUAUACGCACGAUAAAGAUGCAUGUCCGGCGCAAGGUAAAGAAUGCAAGAGUUGCGGUAAACUUAACCACUUCGCCAGUGUGUGCAGAAGCAAAGGACAACGAAAGAAAUAUAGAAGGAAGCCGAAGGCAAAACAGGUCCUUGAAGUGGAACGUGAAGAAGACACUUACUUCUUGCAAAUGCUGUCCGUAAAUAACGUCGCAUCGAGCGAUCUCUGGUCUGCUGAGGUUACGAUCGAGAACGUGAAACUAAACUGCAGAGUAGACACUGGUGCCAAUUGUUCCGUAAUCUCAGCCGGACAGUUGAGAAAAGUCACUAACAAGAAGACUACAAAAUGCAACGUUACGUUGAACACCUUCUUUGGCUUCAAGCAAAAGGCCGCAGGCAGGAUUCCUCUGCAAGCAUCAUGUAACGGCCAAAGCACAAAGGUGCUGUUCUUCGUCGUACCACAAGAGGUACCGCUUACCCUGAGUGGGAAAGCGUCGGAAGAACUAGGUCUGAUCCAGCGCACUGUGCAUUCGGCAGUUGCUACAAAAACAAGCGACGAACAUCACUUGUACGGACCAGCACAACCUUAUCGGGACGUCUUUGAAGGCCUUGGAAAGCUAAAAGGGGUACAGUACCACAUGAAGUUAACACCCCAUGCAAAAGGAGUUGUAAAACCAGCAAGGCGGAUUGCCGUUGCACUGAAAGACAAAGUCAAGCGCGAACUCGACCACAUGGAAGCCGACGGAGUAAUCGCCAAGGUGACGGAACCUACCGAGUGGGCGAGCAACAUGGUGGUCGUGGUCAAGAAAGAUAAGGUCAGGAUCUGUCUUGAUCCCGCAGAUCUCAACAAGGCGCUCCUUCAGGAACACUACCCCAUGGCGACACUCGAAGAUAUCGCGCCGCGUCUGGGAAAGGCAAAGUACUUUUCGACACUUGACGCAUCGUCUGGCUUUUGGCAAAUUCAGCUCGACAAGGACUCCUCAUACAUCUGUACUAUGAGCACACCGUUUGGGCGAUACCGUUUCCUAAGGAUGCCGUUUGGGAUUUCAACAGCUCCUGAAGUCUUCCAGCGAGCUAUGCACAGGGUCCUACAGGAUCUCGACGGUGUCGAUGUCGUAAUGGACGACAUCCUUGUCUGGGGAGGGACCAAGGCUGAGCAUGAUCAACGCCUUAUGAGGCUGCUGGAGCGAUGCAGGGAUGUAAACCUCAAACUAAACAUCAGGAAAUGUUGUUUCCUUCAACAGCAAGUACGGUACUUGGGACAAAUGAUCACGUCAGAAGGACUUGCUGUGCAUCCAAGGCGAGUCGAGGAUAUUCUCGCCGUUACUGAGCCAACAAAUGUCAAGGAACUUCGUACCUUCCUGGGCAUGAUCAACUUCGUGUCAAGAUUCAUCCCCAAUGCAUCACAAGUGUCGGCACCGCUACGUGAACUGCUCAAAACAGAUACAAUUUGGGAAUGGUCAACCAGACACAAAGACAGCUUCAAAGAGCUACGCGAAGCGUUGACGAAGGCACCGGUUUUAGCGUACUUUCAAGCACACAAGCCUGUGACGCUCUCAGUCGACGCUAGCCAGGAUGGAGUUGGAGCUGUCUUAACACAAGAAGGGCAUCCCGUUGCGUAUUCCUCCCGUUCCCUUACGGAGACUCAACAAAGAUAUGCACAAAUUGAAAAGGAGAUGGUCGCCAUUGUACACGGCUGCGAGAAGUUCCACGAGUACAUCUUCGGACAACCCAGCGUAAAGGUCGAGUCCGACCACAAGCCGUUGGAAGCCAUUUUCAAGAAGCCUCUCCACGGAUGUCCACUUCGUCUACAAAGAAUGAGGCUCGCACUUCAAAAAUACCCGAUUAACGUUGUAUACAAACCUGGAAAGGAAAUGUUCAUUGCAGAUGCUUUAUCACGCUUUCCGAAGCAGGAAUGCCUGAGAGAAGAGGAGCACUUCUAUGUAAACGUACUUCAAUACCUCGAUGUUUCCGACGAAAAAAUAGCGGAAAUAUCGCGAGCGACACAACGUGAUAGCCAGCUGCAGAAGAUCCGAAAAUACGUCGAAACAGCAUGGCCUAACAAUAAAAACGAAGUUGACAACGAGGUGCGUCAGUACUGGACCUACAAGGAAGAAAUUCACGCGCAGGAUGGUCUGCUGUUUCGUUCCAACAGACUAAUCAUCCCAAAGGGAAUGCGGCAAAUCACACUAAAGCUGUUGCAUGCUUCACACUGUGGAGAAGAAAAGAUGAAGGAGAGAGCGCGGGACGUCAUGUUCUGGCCCGGGAUCACGUCUGAGAUUGAACAACUAGCAAGAAACUGCGCUUUAUGUGAGAAGCAUCGACCACGAAACGAGAGACUUCCUAUGAUAAGCCAUGAACUCCCUAAGUUGCCAUGGCAGGUUAUCGGCGCUGACCUUUUCAGCCAGGGUGGAAGAGAGUUCUUGAUCCUUGUGGACUACUACUCUUUCUACUACGAAGUCAAACCACUAAAGCGUUCUACAGCGAAAGAGGUGGUAGCCAUAUGCACAGACGUGUUCACCACGCAUGGAAUUCCAGUAAGGUUUCUGAGCGAUAAUGGCCCACCUUUCGGCAGCCAUGAGUUCCGAGAAGGCAUGAGGUUCCUCGGAGUCACGCACAUUACUUCUAGCCCUCAUUACCCGAGGUCUAACGGCAUGGCUGAACGAGCAGUGAGGGAAGCGAAGAAACUACUAAGCAAGUACGACUAUAAGAGCACAGAAUUCAAGACUGCUCUGCUCGAGUGGAGAAAUACUCCGCGGGACAAGGUGUUAAAAUCACCAGUACAACGCUUGAUGGGAAGGAGCACCCGGACACUUCUUCCGGUACAUUCAGCAUGUCUGCAACCAAGCCUGGUACAGCCAAAGGAUGUGGUAUCACGGCUUCAGCAUCUCCGCCAACGUCAGCAGGUCUACUACAACAGAGGAACUAGACAGCUGCCUCAACUGCUGCCGGAUAGUCCAGUGACAGCCUACAACAGCAAAGUCAAGACUUGGGCACCAGCAACAGUUGUGGGGUCCGCCGGGGCACCAAGGUCCUACAUCAUAAGGACGAGCGACGGUGCUGAGCUUCGUCGUACUCGGGAGCAUCUUAGAUCAUCGCAAUGUCAGCAGCAGCAACCUGCUUCCACUCCCGAGAACGAACCACGGUCGGGUCCAGCCACGGAGUCAGUACCAGUUCGUCGAAGCACCAGACAACGUCGAAGCCCUCGGAGAUACCCCCUAGAAGAGUAA